AUGGUGGUCAACCUCUCCAGCCACACCUUGAGCGAAGCAACCACAGCAAUUCUGGCCAAGGGGAUGAAUUUCGCAGUCGCACCUAAGCGAGUUCCAAAAGAAGAUAUCAUAGAAUCCGUAGAGGCUUCGGUACGUCAUCUGCCACAGGCCGAGGCGGAGAAGAUCCGGCAGGAAACGGUCAGAGUUCUGAAUAAAGCAAAGCCACCGAAGCAAAACAUCAACGCUGAGGAAUACCAUACCAUCAAGGAACUCAGGGACAACCACCACUUAGUAGUGGUACAGGCAGAUAAGGGCAACGCCACUGAAUUCCUGGACACAACUGAUUACAACAAAAGAAUGGAAGAUAUUCUCGCAGAAGCUAUCUACAAGAAACUCCAGGGAAAUCCGACGGCCAAGGGGCGGCAGCGGCGCCUCCGCCUCCGCGACAUGCGCCGCCUCUCCUCACUGCUGCAGGUCGAACUGCUGGGCGUCGGCGAGCGGCGGCGCAGCUCCUCACGGCGCUUCCACCUCCGGUGCGGCGCCUCCCAGCGGCUGUCGGAGUAG